AUGGCGAUCAAACGAUCCGCCGAUGUCCGGGCAUCUCCCCCUCGGCCGCGGACGGCAAAGCGGAUUCUUACCACCGAGUCGCCGCCCCCGCCGCCGCCUUACCUCCCUUCCGAGGUCAUCUUCGGGAUCCUGUCAUGGCUGCCGUCCAGGUCCGUCCUCCGCUUCAGGUGCGUCUGCAAGGCCUGGCAGGCCAUGCUAUCCGACCCAGUUUUCAUCACCGCUCAUCACGAGUGCUCCAAGAAGAUCCGCCCGUCGCUGCUCAUGGUGCCCUGCGCGUACGACCGCGAAGAUCUCCACACGAACGAAAACGACAGCGCCUUCCGCAUGUCCUUCUACAGGUACCGCGUCGGCGACGUGGAGGAGCUGGUGCACCAGGAGGAGCUGCCCGGAGGGAUCUCCCUGUGGAGCAGCCCGCUGCACUGCGACGGCCUGAUCCUCAUCUCCACCAUGCGGCAGCAGCUGGUGGUCUGCAACCCGGCGACGAGGGACACUAAACGGAAGCACUACACCUUCACGUUCCCGAGGGUAGGGUUCGGGUUCGACCCCCGCAGCAAGAAGUACAAGGUGGCGAGGUUUUUCUACGAAGAAAACCUUCCCAACAGCAAGAAGUACAGGCUCGUCUGCAGGUUCGAGGUGCUCACCCUCGGCACCGAUUCAUGGCGGCAGACGGCAGAUCCGCCGCACUGGAUCGUCGGACAAACUCCGGUUCAUGUCAAAGGUUAUAUCUACUGGAAAUGUGUUUUAAACCAAGGUCGAAUGAACCCGUCAAAUUCAUUCGUUCGGUUCAGCUUGGCCGACGAGGAGUUCAGCAUGGUUCCACAGUCCACACCCUCCGUCCGAUUUCAGGCCUGCCCACUUCGUGGAGUUGGAGGGCGAGCUGUGCUGCGUCUGCUUGGGCUUCCCAAACCUAGAGCUAGAGGUUUGGACCUUGAGCUUUGGGGUCGAGCAGAGGCCCGAAUGGAGUCGACGCUGGGCAACGGUGAUCCGUCGUCCUGA